AUGGAAAGCGGUUACACUCUCACUCCUCGUUCUGUCUUGGCCUAUCAAUCUAUUCUUUACCCUCUUACUGCCCCCCUAUCACAACUUCUCACUUGUUUACAUUCCACUCGUCAAAAUGUGUGCCCUUUUGUGGUAAAUCUCAUCACAUUUGCUAUUUACUCCUACCCCCCUCUUUCGAUCGGCUUAUCCGACUCGAGACUUCAAUCCGAAUCCCUUGAUUGUCUCGUGGAUCCGUUCCUUAUCUUUCUGGUUGACCGAUUUCAUUCGGUUCCAGUCCCCGUGUGCAUUUCACUCCAGACGCUAUUUCUGAAGGCCCUAGAAGCACGUACCUGCCGCUUCACUGAGCAGAGCGCCUAA